UGAGAUACUAGGCCUUGGAGGGAAUUUCCGUGGAGAAUCAGGAUCGGCCCCAUUGCCGUCUCUAGCACCACUAGUAGCGAAGCCACUGGUUGUUGGUAGGUGCACGCACCCCACCCCCUCCUGCCGUCCUCGAUCUCGUCUCCUCCUCCCUACCCAAUCCCUCGCGGUGGGCGAGGGUGGAAGCGAGUGACGAUGGCGGCGCUGGAGGCGGCGAGGGAGUGGGCGGGCUCCGUCAUACCGCCGGAGCUCGCCGCCGCCGCGGGGGGAGACCCACUCGCCGCGCUGGCGGCCACCGCCGCGGCCCUCGUCGCGGGGCUGCUUAUUAUCGCUGUCUGGUUCCGAUCCGGAGGCGGGACGCCGUCCAAGCCGGUCGCCACGCCGGUACGGCCACCGCCGGUCAAGGUGGACGCCGACGCCGACGUUGAUGACGGCCGGAAGCGCGUCACCAUCUUCUUCGGCACACAGACUGGCACCGCCGAGGGGUUCGCAAAGUCCAUGGCGGAGGAGGCGAGGGCGCGGUACGAGAAGGCCGUGUUCAAAGUGGUGGAUCUGGAUGACUAUGCUCAGGAGGACGAGGAAUACGAGGAGAAGCUGAAGAAGGAAACUGUGGUGCUGUUCUUCCUAGCAACAUAUGGGGAUGGGGAGCCAACUGAUAAUGCAGCACGAUUCUACAAAUGGUUUACUGAGGGAAAAGAGAAGGAAGUUUGGUUGAAGGAUCUUAAAUAUGGUAUUUUUGGCCUUGGAAACAGGCAAUACGAACAUUUUAAUAAGGUUGCAAAGGUGGUAGAUGAGCUAGUAGAGGAGCAGGGUGGGAAACGUCUUGUUCCUGUUGGCCUUGGAGACGAUGAUCAGUGCAUUGAGGAUGAUUUCACUGCAUGGAAAGAACUAGUGUGGCCAGAAUUAGAUCAAUUGCUCCGCGACGAGGAUGACACAACUGGUGCAUCGACUCCAUAUACUGCUGCUAUUCCUGAAUACAGAGUUGUUUUCAUUGACAAAUCUGACCUGUCAUUCCAAGAUAGAUCAUGGACACUAGCCAACGGUACUGGUGUGAUUGAUAUUCAACACCCUUGCAGGUCUAAUGUUGCUGUUCGGAAGGAGCUGCACAAACCAGCUUCAGAUCGCUCUUGUAUCCAUCUCGAGUUUGACAUUUCUGGCACUGGUCUUGUGUAUGAAACCGGAGACCAUGUUGGUGUAUAUGCAGAAAAUUCUGUUCAGACUGUGGAGGAGGUUGAAAGGCUACUUGACCUUUCUCCAGACACAUUCUUCUCCAUCCAUGCAGAUGCAGAAGAUGGAUCUCCUCGUAAAGGAGGAGGUUCCUUGGCCCCACCUUUCCCAUCUCCAUGUACCUUGCGGACUGCGCUUCUACGAUAUGCUGAUCUACUCAAUCCACCGAAGAAGGCUGCUUUGCUUGCUUUAGCUUCUCACGCAUCUGAUCCAGCUGAAGCUGAGCGACUUAGAUUCUUGGCUUCUCCUUCUGGAAAGGAUGAGUAUUCUCAAUGGAUAACUGCUAGUCAGAGGAGCCUUCUUGAAGUUAUGGCCGCAUUCCCUUCAGCUAAGCCACCACUGGGAGUGUUUUUUGCAGCAAUAGCUCCUCGUCUGCAACCACGAUACUACUCAAUUUCAUCAUCUCCAAACAGGAUGGCUCCCUCCAGAAUUCAUGUAACAUGUGCGUUAGUUUAUGGGCCUUCACCAACAGGAAGGAUCCACCAAGGAGUUUGUUCAACAUGGAUGAAGAAUACAAUUCCUCUGGAAUAUAGCGAAGAAUGCAGCUGGGCUCCCAUCUUUGUGAGGCAGUCAAAUUUCAAGUUACCUGCUGAUCCGUCCACUCCUAUUAUCAUGAUUGGUCCUGGGACAGGGCUGGCUCCUUUUAGAGGCUUCUUGCAGGAAAGGUUAGCAUUGAAACAAUCUGGGGCAGAAUUGGGCACUUCAAUCCUUUUCUUUGGAUGCAGGAACCGUAAUAUGGACUACAUAUAUGAAGAUGAGUUGCAAACUUUCCUUGAGGAGGGGGCGCUUUCUGAGCUAAUUGUUGCAUUCUCUCGGGAAGGGCCAACGAAAGAAUAUGUGCAGCAUAAGAUGGUGGAAAAGGCCACAGAUAUUUGGAACAUCAUCUCAAAUGGUGGUUACUUAUAUGUUUGCGGUGAUGCCAAGGGAAUGGCUAGAGAUGUACACAAAAUGCUUCAUACAAUAGUCCAAGAGCAGGGAUCUUUGGAUAACUCCAAAACCGAGAGCUAUGUAAAGAGCCUGCAGAUGGAAGGAAGGUACCUCCGUGAUGUAUGGUGACACAUCACCUCAAAUAAGCCAUAGCUCUAGCGUGUGGAAGUAAAGCUGGCUUUGCGUGUAUGACAUGUCUAAUGCCAACCCAAUCGUCAGCUUUGGAAUGAAGCGUGCCAUUGAUGAUAUACUGAAAUGAGUUGAUCAGUGCAAUUCUUUGACAUCUAACUAUUUAUUAUUAUAUGAGAUGGGAGGAACUGAUGGAGAAUAAAUGCUGCUGUAGAUUUGUAGAAGUUCAAAAAAAUUGGGUACCCCUGACAAGUUUGUAGCCAAGGGGGUACAUCAUACAGUUUGAGAUGAGGACACUAUGUAUACUGUUUGAGACGAGGACAUUAUGUAUACUACUCUAGAAGGCUACCGAAACCAAAUUUUGCAUCUGUUUAUUAAAAGCUUGUACUUUUAUCAUGGUA